UGGUAAGUGAAUGUGUGACAUACAGUGUGUGUGCUUUAUAAAUAAAUUGGUCCAUUCAUGAACACAGUGUCCUCAUUCAUUCAUUCAUUUAGGUCCACACAUUUUAUUUUAGGCGAGCUUUAGGCAACACGUUUUAUUUAACUUGAAGAAAAAACUCUGGUUUGAAAUCCGCAUACUGGAGUAGGUCAUUCUCUGAACAAGAUAUCAUUUGUGUGAUUUUUUGAUUCGUAAACAGCUAGUUCUCACGCAAGCAUGUCAUACGAGGAAUUCUUUAACGAGGCAGAUACUGACGGCACAGGCUCACUAACAUUCAAAGAACUAAAAGAUGUCUUGGUGAAAAAAGGCUACAAAGGGGACACAGAAUCAUUGAGGAAUAUAUUUGACGCUGCCGAUUCCUCUGAUGAUAACACAAUAACGCUUGAUGAAUUCAUGGAGGCAAUGAGUCAAACACCCCCAGCAGAACAUACGAAGGCAAGGUACCGGGAACUGUUCAAGGGAUUUGACCACGAUGGAAGUGGCCAGAUUACUAGAGAAGAAUUGAGCCAGGUGUUUGACGAAAUGGGACGAGAUCUCUCGGAGGAAGAGGUUGCCAGAAUUAUACAGUUAGCAGACGAGGAUGGAAGUGGGACUCUCAACUAUGACGAACUCAUUGAACAUUGUUUUGGGGAGCAGUAAAAAGCCACCCUGACAUAUUGUAACAUUUUCACGCAGACUCGGCAGCUUAUGAAUAGCGGAGCAAAAUGAUUAUUCCACUUCGUGGUUUCUUACAUAGCAUCAUAUUGUAUGGACUAUCAUUCAUGAAUUAUUCACUUGAGUCUAGACAUAUUUAGGAAUAUAUCAUUUUGAACACUGGCUCUUUUGUAUACCAAAAUCUAAGAAUAUCCUUCAUUGAAUUUCCUAUAAAACAUUAGUUUUGAGAUUGUAUAGUUAUAAUUGUAAACCGGUAGAAGUAACGAAAGUCCUCCUUUGGAUCACUUAUCACAGCGUGUUAAUAUUUGGUGUACCCUGGGCGCAAAGGUUAGUUUUUAAGUAGAUGAAGUUAUCUUUUAAGAAACUAAGUCGAAACGAAUACGAUGGAUAUGUUUAGUGAUUUGAAAAAAACAUAUUUGUCAUAUUUCCAAACUAUUGUGAUUUAGGAACUUUUUAUAGGUUUUGUAUUCUGUCCAAUGAAUACUUCCAGUUGCAAAACUUAUGGAGGGGAGUGUAAGC